AUGCGAAGGUCGGAAUCGUGCGCUCGACCGUUCGUCGACGCGGCUUGCGACGGAAAAGACGCAGCGGGCGCUCCGCGGCAGCGACUGGACGCGACUGCCGCGCCUCCCCUCCCGCCGUCGACGGCCGCGUCGCUCCGGCCGCUGCGACCGCCCCGUCGCAUGUGCAUCUUCACGCUCCGCGCGCAGCGGGCUGGUAACAAUCUGCCUGCG